AUGGCUGAGCCCCAAGGUACCAAGCGCACGCGAAACAACACUAUUGGUGAGGCAUGUGUCAACCCUAGUGGAAGUGAACCUAUGGCGCCCCAAGCAGCAGUAGAAGAUGCCUCUGAUGUGCGCGAGCAAGAGCGAGUUCGUGUCAUCAACUUCGACCAUUAUUCGAAGUCGGUGUGGCAUUCGAUCAACACCAGAUACAAAUCCAUGUGUGGUUCGGCGCAGUACGACAUGGCAUUCGAUGUUGUUAAGGACAUCCUUAGUACCAUUCGAACCAUUACGCGUCUCAACGGCCUUUCCGUGCUACGCAAGGUUGGAGAGACCAUUGCACUAUCUUCCAACGAUUUGAUUGGUCACGAGGUGUAA